AUGUUCCAGUACAGACCUACGACUAGUGGUGGUAGUAGUAGUUGUAGUAGUAGUUCAACAUUUAGUGGUGUUUCAAAUUCUAGUGUUGUCCUUCGACAAUUUGAAGCACACAAAGCUAUUCUGGCUGCUAGAAUCCUGGUGCCUGCUUCAAUGUUUGAACAUGGCAUGGAAGAGUCUAGGGCUAAUCGAGCUGAAAUUACGGAUAUGGAACCAGAUACUGUGUCUGAAGUUCCACGUUACAUAUAUACUGGACAAGUUGUCGGUUUCGAUCGAUUGGCGUAUGAAUUACUAGCAGCUGCUGACAAGUAUAAGUUGGAACGGCUUAAGACAAUGUAUGGAGAAGCGCUUGUAGAAAGUCUUUCAGUCGAGAAUGCUUGUGACGCAUAUGGACUUCCUGAUAUCCACAAUGCGGAACAGUUGAAAGCUCAUAUACUUGAGUUUACAAUGCUACAUGCUCAUGAUGUCUGUGAAACUGAAGGCUAUGAACAACUGGUGCAAUAUCGUCCACGUCUGUUGAAUGAGUGCCUUCGUAGUCUUACCUCACAACAGCUCCCUUUGAAAUGUUGGGUACAUCAAGGUCCUAGGCAAUCUUGA